AUGCAGCAGACGGCACACACCGAAGACGAGCACGGCCUGUUGGUAGACCUGCACGUUGCCUUCAUCCAGGCGCUCGACCGCAAGCGCGACUCGCUCGCCUACCACCUCACAACGCACCUCCGCACAAACGGCGUAUAUUGGGGUCUCGUCGCACUCGAAAUCAUGGGCAGGCCAGACGCGCUCGACGCCCAGGCCCUCAUCGACUACGUCCUCAGCUGCUGGGACCAGCGCACCGGCGGCUUCGGCUCCCAUCCCGGUCACGACCCGCACAUCCUCAGCACCCUCUCGGCAAUACAGAUCCUCGCAAUCAAGGACGCACUUCCACUGCUCGAACAGGACGGAAAGAGGAAAAGGCUCAUCCAGUUCAUUGUCGGCCUCCAGCUUCCAGACGGCUCGGUACAGGGCGACAAGUGGGGCGAGACCGACACCCGCUUCCUCUACUGCGCCGUAUCGGCCCUCGCCCACCUCGGCGCACUCGGACGCUUCAACCGCACCGCCGCCAUCAACCACAUCCUGCGCUGCCACAACUACGACGGCGGCUUCGGCCUCUGCCAAGGCGCAGAGAGCCACUCCGGUCAAGUCUUUGUCUGCAUCGCCGCCCUCUCGAUCCUCGACGCCCUACACCACAUCGACCGCGACAAGGUCGGCUGGUGGCUUUCCGAACGGCAGCUCCCGAACGGCGGCCUCAAUGGCAGACCGCAGAAGCUCGAAGACGUCUGCUACUCGUGGUGGGUGCUGUCCGCCCUGAGCAUGAUCGGCAGGCUGCACUGGAUCGAUGCAGGAAAGCUCUCCCGCUUCAUCCUCUCGGCUCAGGAUCCCGACGAUGGCGGCAUCGCCGACCGCCCCGACAACGUCACCGACGUCUUCCACACCAACUUUGGCGUCGCGGGCCUCUCGCUCCUUGGGUUCCCCGGCCUCGAGCCCGUCGACCCGACCUACUGCAUGCCCGCAAAGGUGAUCCGCAAGCUGGGCAUCGAGAAAGAGUACCAGCUGCCCGCCCCUAGAGCGGCGCCACAGCCGCAAUGA